UACCUAUUCCUUGCCCAUGACAAGUGCAAGUUUUGAUUUGGUCUAUGGUACAGAUUAAUGUACACAAACAUAUACAUAAAAUGAUUAAAUUCAUCAAAAUAAUGAGAAUUUCAUAAUGAAGUUGUCCAGCCAUUGAUGUACUUGCAUUGAUCUGUUGGCUUUUCUUUUAGCAGUGAUUAUGAGGAGACGAAAGGGUAUGAAAAGUGGUUUUUGGGUGUUGCUGAUGAUGCUCUUGUUGGCGGCGGCGAUGGUGGCAGCGAAGGAGGGGGAGGAGGAGGAGGAGAAGGCGGCGGUGGCAGUGAAAGUGAAGGUGGGUGUAGUUUUCGAUUGGGAUGAUUAUGGGAAGGUGGAUUUCAGUUGCAUCUCAAUGGCUCUCUCAGAUUUUUAUGCUUCUCGGAGUUAUUAUAAGACAAGAGUGGUUCUUAAGCCCAUGGACUCCAAUGGUACCGUUGUUGAUGCAGCUGCUGCAGCUCUAGAAUUGAUAAAGAAAGAGGAAGUACAAGCCAUUUUAGGUCCAACAAGCUCAAUGCAAGCCAACUUCAUGAUCGACAUUGGAGACAAAGCACAAGUUCCCAUAAUCUCAUUUUCAGCCACACGACCUUCUCUCACUUCUCACCGCAGCUCUUUCUUUUUUCGAGUUGCCCAAGACGAUUCCUCUCAAGUUAAAGCCAUCGGAGCCAUCGUCAAAACCUUCAAAUGGCGAAAAGUCGUCCCAAUCUAUGUCGACAACGAGUUCGGCGAUGGCAUCAUCCCUUACCUCAUCGACGCGCUCCAAGAAGUCAAUGCUCACGUACCUUAUCAAAGCAUCAUUUCCCCGGAUGUAACCGACGACCAUCUCACUAGCGAACUUUACAAAUUAAUGACAAUGCAGACACGAGUGUUUGUGGUACACAUGUUAUCUGACCUUGCCUCUCGUAUUUUCACCAAAGCAAAACAAAUCGGAAUGAUGAAAAAAGGGUAUGUUUGGAUAAUAACGGAUGGUGUUACAAACAUGUUGGAGUCCAUAAAGCCUUCAACUUUUGAGUCAAUGCAAGGAGUUAUUGGAAUAAAAACUUACGUCCCUAGAACUGAAAAGCUUGAAUCUUUUGAACGUGAUUGGAGAAAGAGAUUUCUAGGGUCUUAUCCAAAAAUGGAAGAAGUUCCUGAGCUGGACGUGUUUGCAUUAUGGGCCUACGAUGCGGCUUGGGCCUUAGCCAUUGCAGUGGAAAAAGCUGGGACUGACAACCUUAGAUAUAGCCCAACUAAUUUUACAUCUUUGAACUAUUUAUACAAUCUUGGUUUAAAUCAGAAUGGUGGGAAGCUGCGUGAUGCGUUUUCGAAGGUUAAAUUCAAGGGUUUGUCUGGAGAUUUUAGUGUGAAACAUGGGCAAUUGGAUUGGGAGAUUUUUGAGAUAGUGAAUGUGAUUGGGAAUGGGAGAAGGAAUGUGGGGUUUUGGUCACCGGAAAGUGGGCUGAGGACGGAAUUGGAAAGAGGGAGAAAUGGGCUGAGAACGAUCAUAUGGGGCGGCGGCGAUUCGGGGUUUCCGCCGAAAGGGUGGGAGAUUCCGACGAAUGAGAAGAAGCUGAGGGUGGUGGUUCCGGUAAAGGAUGGAUUUUGGGAUUUUGUGAGUGUGGUUCGUGAUCCUGUGACCAAUGAAACGAAAGUGAGUGGUUAUUGUAUAGAUGUGUUUAAGGCUGUGAUUGAAGCUUUGCCUUAUGCUAUAGCUUAUGAGCUUAUUCCUUACCAUAAAUCUGCGGCGGAGCCAGGUGGCACCUACAAUGACUUGGUUGAUCAAAUCUAUCUUGGGGAGUUUGAUGCUUUGGUGGGUGACUUGACAAUCCGAGCAAACAGGUCAAGAUAUAUUGACUACACAUUGCCAUUUGCAGAGUCAGGGGUCUCAAUGGUUGUGCCAAUAAUGAGCACCAAGAACACCAAUGCAUGGGUCUUCAUAAAGCCUCUAACAGGCCAUCUCUGGUCACUCACUGGCGGUUUCUUCCUUGUCAUGGCACUUGUUGUUUGGAUUUUGGAACAUCGAGUCAAUGAAGAGUUUCGUGGAAGUCCAGCGGAUCAGGUCUUUACCAGUCUUUGGUACUCUUUCUCCACUAUGGUUUUUGCCCAUCGGGAGAUAACAUUGAACAAUUGGACGAGAUUUGUGAUGAUAGUAUGGCUAUUUGUGGUUUUGAUCAUCACACAAAGUUACACUGCUAGUUUGGCCUCAUAUUUGACGGUUCAAGAGUUCAAACCGGCUGUGACUGAUAUCAAUCAACUGCAGAAAAAUGGAGAGAAAAUUGGGCACAAAGUUGGUUCUUUUAUCCAUGAGAUUCUCAAGUCGUUGAAGUUUGAAGAGUACCAACUCAAGACUUACCGUACUGCAGAAGAAAUGCACGAUCUUUUAUCCAAAGGAAGCGCCAAUGGUGGAAUUUCUGCUGCCAUGGAUGAAAACCCUUACAUCAAGUUGUUUCUCGCCAAGUACUGCUCACGAUAUACUACCACUGAACCCACCUUUAAAGCUGAUGGCUUUGGUUUUGGUUUCCCCAAAGGUUCGCCUUUAGUACCCGAUAUUUCAAGAGCGAUCUUGGAGGUGACGGAAAGCGACAGAAUGAGAGAAAUUGAAAACGCAUGGUUCAAAAAGUUGGGAGAAUGUUCGAUAUCGGAUGCUUCGAAGUUGUCGUCGACUCGUCUGAGCAUCGACAGCUUCUGGGCACUUUUUGUUAUCGUGACAUGUGUGUCUGCAGUUUCUGUCAUCUGUUACAUCAUCAAAUUUCUGUACGACCAGAAAGGCGUGUGGUCGAAGGAAAUUCGUUCGACGACUGGGGAAAAAUUGAGGGAGUUGGUUAAAACAUUCAUGGAUAGAGAUGCAGGAACUCACCCACUUAGAAGAAGGGUAUUCAUAAAUGGCGCUCCUAUUCAUCCACAACCUCUAGUUAUUCGAGAUAAUGAUCACCCUCGAGCAGAUUGAGUAAUACUAAUGGAUAUCUUCUUGGUGGGAUUUAGAUGGCACAUUUUAUUGUUUAUAUCAUGAUAUGUUUACUUUUGAUCUUGAUGGUAAACGUUUCAUCAUUUUUUUUUUACCUUGAAAUUUGUUUGUAAUUUGUGUUUUUAUGUUGACGUUACACAGAAAAAGGAAAGAUUGGGUUAUUCUCCAGUAUUAAA